AUGGCCGCCCAGCCAUCCACGUCCACGCCCACCGGCGCUGGCGCGACAGCCUCAUCAUCAGCAUCCACGUCCGCCAACAACAACCACGAUGGCACUCCCCAGUCUGCCAGCGCGAAGGCCCUCCCGGUGCGGGAUAAGGACUCUUUCAACAAGAUGCAGGUCGAGCGCUACGUCGCGCGCGAUUGGCAACACUCGAUCGCCAUGAAGGAUGCGCAAGCCAAGUUCGAAAAGGACAUGGAGCAGAUGCGAGACAAGAUCGACGACUACAGCAUCCUGAAGAAUCAGCGCAUGUUUUUUCCCCCGAGCAAGCUGUACGGCGAAGGCUAUCGCGGUUACGGAAAUGGAUACACCGACAUCGAUCCCCGUAUGCGAGCGCCCUUUCCCGCUCAGGUCAUCUACCCGAGCCAGAAACCGCGGCCCGGAAAGCGCCAGUCGCAUCCGUUGAGGUGGAAGAAGAAGGAUCUGAAGAAGCAGGCGGAAAUGCAUGAGGAGCUCGUGCCGAUACGGAUCGAUGUGGAUUGGGAGAAGAUCAAGCUUCGCGACACCUUCACGUGGAACCUCCACGACAGGGUGAUUCCCGCCGAGCUCUUCGCCCAGCACUUGGUGGAAGACAUCGGUAUCCCCUUGGACCAGGCAAACAAGCCGGUUCUUGACCAGGUCAUUCAUCAGAUGCGCGACCAGCUCAAUGAUUUCUACCCCCUUGUCUUCUCCGAAGAGGACGCGCUUGAUCCGGAAUUGCCUUAUUCCGCGUACAAGAACGACGAGAUGAGGAUAUUAAUCAAGCUCAACGUCACCGUCGGCCAGCACACUUUGGUCGACCAGUUCGAAUGGGACAUCAAUAACCCCCUGAACUCGCCGGAGGAUUUCGCCGCCACCAUGGCGCGUGACUUGUCGUUGUCUGGCGAGUUCACCACCGCCAUCGCCCACAGCAUCCGUGAGCAGUGUCAACUUUUCACUCGCAGUCUGUACAGUGUUGGCCAUCCCUUCGACGGCCGUCCGGUCGAAGAUCCCGACCUCAUCAACGCUUUCCUCCCCUCCCCUCUCACUUCCGUCUUCAGGCCCCAGCAACAAGCCAAAGACUACGCGCCAUACUUGUACGAGCUCAGCGACGCCGACCUGGACCGGAACGAGGUCAUCUUUUCUCGCGAGCAAAGGAGGCAGAAGCGCUCCAUCAACCGCCGCGGCGGGCCUCAGCUGCCAGAUCUCAAGGAAAGACAGCGCACGAUCAGGACGCUGCUGGUGUCAUCAGUGCUCCCUGGAGCCGCCCCGAACAUGGAGGAGACGACGCUGUACAAGCGCGUUGCCGGCGCGCCAACCACACGCAAGAGGCCAGGUGCCCGCGACGGCGAGAUUUCCGAUUCCGAUUCAAGCGACGACUCCGGCCCAGACUCGCCGGGCGUCUCACAACUCGGAGGAGGCACGGCCAGGACAAGAGGCCUUCGCGGAGCUGCUAGCGCCGCUCAGCAACGCAUCACGAACCUGGGUCGCUCUGAAACGCCCGAGGCGAGCGUUAUUCAUCACCAUGAGACGCGCAGAAACCUCAACCGGUUCGGCGGCCGCGAGACUAGAGACGAGACUGAGGAGCCUUCUCAGCUCAUUGUCACGCUCAAGGUCAGCAAAGACAAGCUGCGGAGACUUCUCCAGAACCCCAGAGCCAGAGUCACGCCGAGCGGUUCGCAGACCCCGUCAACGCCUGCGCACACACGCAUCCCCAGUGUCGCGGCUCCCGCCAGCUCGAUGCCCCCUCCGUCGACGCCGGCCUCCAACAGCCAAGCUCUGCCCGCGAAGCUUGGCACUCCUCUGCCUCAAGGUCAAAUUGGCCGACAACCCGCACCACCACCAGUCGCUGGCCAGCCACCGCCACCUGCUCCUCCUCCGCCCGAGUGGCUCAAGGAAUGCCUUCAGCAACUCAAGAACACGUAUACGUACGACAACUUUGAAGGCAUGAUGAAGUACUCAGCAGUCAACCCCGCCACAGAAAUGCCGGUGCCCGUUCCUGCGGGUUCACAGCCGCCAGAGGGCGUCAGGUGGAUGUUCCUGCCUAGAAUCCGCUGUCUGGAUUGUCCCGGAAAGCUUUACACGCCUGGUCCAGAAAUGACUGCCGGAAACUUUGAGGUGCAUCUCAGGAACAAGCAACAUCGUCAGAAGGUGGACGCCAGGGAGGGCAAGGACACUGCGCCUCCGGCCUCGACGGCCACAUCCUAG